AUGUGGGAAGAAAACAUCACAAAUGUCACUGAGUUCAUCCUUGUGGGCUUCCCUACCUCCUUCUGGCUUCAGAUCCUGCUUUUCAUCCUAUUCCUUGGAACCUACCUGUUAGUGUUGGUGGAAAAUUUGGUUAUCAUCCUCACUGUCUGGGCCAAUGGUUCCCUCCACAAGCCCAUGUACUACUUCCUAGGUUGUAUGUCCUUUCUGGAGAUAUGGUACAUUUCUGUCACAGUCCCCAAAAUGUUGACCGGCUUUCUUCUUCACCCUAAUACCAUCUCGUUCUUGAGCUGCAUGACUCAACUGUACUUCUUCCUUUCACUUGCCUGCACAGAGUGUGUACUCCUGGCCGCCAUGGCAUAUGAUCGUUAUGUUUCAAUCUGUCAACCACUCCACUACCCAGUCAUCAUGACCAUAGAACUCUGUAUCCAGCUGACUGCCACCUCCUGGGUAUGUGGCUUUUCCAUUGGUAUAGUCAAGGUCUAUUACAUAUCACAUGUCCUCUUCUGUGGUAACAAUGUGUUAAACCACUUUUUUUGUGAUGUUUCUCCCAUCCUCAAACUGGCCUGCAAGAACUUUUCCAUGGCUGAGAUGGUGGACUUUAUCCUAGCCAUUGUUAUUCUUGUAUUCCCUUUCUUAGCCACUGUUCUCUCCUAUGGCUUCAUUAUCUCCACUGUCCUGCACAUCCGCUCAGUCUCUGGAUGGCAAAAAGCCUUCUCUACUUGCAGUUCCCACCUCACAGUGGUGAUAAUCUUUUAUAUAGCUGUAAUUUUCAUGUAUGUUCGGCCCCGGGCUAUUGCCUCAUUUAACUCCAACAAAUUGAUCUCAACCACAUAUGUAGUAUUUAUACCUAUGCUGAAUCCCAUCAUUUAUUGUCUAAGGAAUCAGGAGGUCAAAGGUGCCAUCAGAAAGACUCUGAGCAGUAGUUGGGCCAUAAUCCUAAGAGAUUCCUCUUUCUAA